AUGAACCAAAUUUAAUAAGGAGAUGUAAUUGAUAAUCAAUAUGAAAUAAUUAAAAAAAUAUCAUAAGGUUCAUUUGGAAUUGUGUAUUAUGGAAGAUGCAUGAAAAGAAACAAAAAUGUUGCAAUUAAAGUAGAGAAGCAAGAAAUGGCAAGUUUUAAUAGUUUAAAUAGAGAAGUAUAGUAGUUUGUGAAAUUAGAUUGAAAUAUUGACUUUAUUGCAAGGAGUUUCCUAAAUUCCAGAAUUAUAUUGGCAUGGUCAAUUCAAGAAAUGCAACGUUAUGAUAACAAGAUUGCUUGGACACGAUCUCAUAUAUUUUUAAAAGUAAUAUUAAAAGUUUUCAACUUACUGCGUAUACAACAUUGCUUUCUAAUUAUUAUGGAUUUUAGAACAAAUACAUAAAAGGUUAUUUAAUAAAUAAAUAAUAGGAAUAUAAUACAUAGAGAUCUAAAACCUGAGAAUAUAUUAAGUAAAGCUGAUACUGACAAGAUAUAUCUAAUUGAUUUUGGAAUAUCGCGAAAUAUAAAUUAAAUAACCAAUAAAAAAAAGAAGAUAUCCUUUAUUGGUACAAGUAGAUAUGCAAGUUUGGCUGCUCAUUAAGGAAUAGAGUAGACUGCAAAGGACGACUUAGAAUCUUUAGGUUAUUUACUAAUAUACUUAAUGAAAUAAAGAUUACCAUGGAUGAAUAUUGAGAAAAAUGAUCCAGAGAGGUUGGAUAAAAUAAGAAAAUUAAAAUAAGAAACAAAAGUUGAAGACUUAUGUUAGGAAUGCCCAAAUUCUAUUUUAAAGUAAUUAUCCUAUUAAAUUAAGAUUUAUGAAAUAUGUUAAAGGAUUAUCUUAAUAAUAAAAACCAUCAUAUGCUAUGUUACGAGGACUAUUCCUUACAACAUUACAUAACAUUUCAGAUUAAGGAUUAGAUUGGACUAAUUAAAAAAGCAAAUCUCAUAAGUAAAAAAGUAAUAAAAAAUAGAAGAGUACAUAAAAUUCAAAUUAUUAAAGUUGUGGUACAAUUAGAAGGUAAUUUAUUUAGUAAUUUUAUCUAGAGAAUUCUUAGGAGAGCAUUUAUUGCCUCAAAAUUAUAAAACCUUUGGAGCUUAAGAUGAAUUAGUUGGAUCUUCAGACAAUGGGAGUAGUGCAUUGUAAUUCAGUGCAAUAACAAAUUAAGGUAGUAUGAAGAGUAUUGGAGUGGGAUUUACCGUAAGUGAUUUGCAUGAAGGGCAAGGAAUACAGAAACAUAAUAAUUAAAUAGCUAGAAUUUCUACUUUUGAAGGUAUUGUUGAACAUGAUCCAGGAAUGACUUUAAAAGCUGAAUAGUAAUUAAUGGAAAGAGAAAAUUAAGAUUUAGAAAUAAAAUAUAAUCUAUUACAUUUCAAAUCAGUCUACUUUAACUUCAAGAAUCCAAUAUAAUAAUGGAUUUUAAGAUCUAAUUAUAUUAAGAAAUGA